AUGAAGACGAAACUGCGCUGGGAAUCCGACAAUCCUUUCGAGAGUCUCGAUGGGAAGGACGGUGAAGGCAACGAGAUCGAGAUCCCUCUCAGCCCUGCCGAGAAAGUCUUCAGCAUCUUUGAACUCGCCCAGCAUAUCUUCCUCGAUCUUCCACCACGCGAUAUCCUCGUCAACAUCCAACGCACUUGCAAGCAAUUUCAAGCAGUCGUAGACGGUUCUAGAUCACUCCAACAAGCACUCUUCUUCGAACCGAUUUCCAGCAUCCGACUCCAAGUCGCUCGUUGUUACAAACGAAGUCGAUGCGAGGGCAGAUGGAUGCUUUCUACUCUCAAAAACCCAUACUGCGGAACGAAAGGCGAUUCUUACUGCAUCUGGAUCCACCCAAUGAUCGGUAAAAUCAGAGAAAAUGACCCAGAUUACGAAGCUCGAUGCACUUACAUCAAAGCUUCAUGGAGAAGGCAACUGGUCGCUCAACCUUCAAUCUCAUCGUGUGCAUUAAUCGAUGACGACGUUGGCGGGGUUGUAGACGACGAGGAGGAAGUCGUCUUCGCAGCAAAUUCGAAAGGCAUGCUAGUCAGUGAAAUUGCAAAGCUUUGCACUGGCUUUGCAAGGGAGAGAAAUGUUUACAUGGACGGUGUGGCAUAUCGGUAUCUUGACCAAAGUUGGGCGUGGCACCAUCUGCCUGCAGGAGAGUUGCUGGAGGAAUUGCAUGCCAGUCUUGACCAUCAUGAUGGAGAUGCGAUUAACCGUUGGUGCGAGAGUGGAGGACAUUAUAAUCAUUCUUUCUCGGUUGCGGCGAGGGAUGAGAGGGAGGCAAGGCUUGCUAAGCUCAGAGCGGGCUAUGCGGGCAGAGUAUAG